GCUCUGCUCGGGAGACCCACAACCACUAACCAACUGUCACUGGCGGCGAGUCCACUUGGCCGAGCCGCCGAGCGCGCCAUGGCGCCCAAGACCGCCGGCCGCUCGCGCGUCCUCGCCGCGCUCCACCUGCUGCUCCUCGCGCCGGGCCUCGCCGCGGCGUUCAACUACGCCGACGCGCUCGCCAAGUCCAUCAUCUUCUUCGAGGGCCAGCGCUCCGGCAAGCUGCCUCCGGGCAACCGCAUGGCGUGGCGCGGCGACUCCGGCCUCAAGGACGGCGCCCAGUACAAUGUGGAUCUGGUGGGCGGGUACUACGACGCCGGCGACAACGUCAAGUUCGGCCUGCCCAUGGCGUUCACCACCACGAUGCUGGCGUGGAGCGUGGCGGACAUGGGCAAGUUCAUGGGCGGCGAGCUGCCGCACGCCCGCGCCGCCGUGCGCUGGGGCGCCGACUACCUCCUCAAGGCCGCCACGUCCACCCCCGACACGCUCUACGUCCAGGUGGGCGACCCCAACCAGGACCACCGGUGCUGGGAGCGGCCCGAGGACAUGGACACCCCCCGCAGCGUCUACGCCGUCACCAAGGACCGCCCCGGCUCCGACGUCGCCGCCGAGACGGCGGCCGCGCUCGCGGCGUCCGCCGUGGCCUUCCGCCGCGCCGACCCGGCCUACUCCUCGCGCCUCCUCCACGCCGCCAUGCGCGCGUUCGAGCUCGCGGACCGGCACCGCGGGUCCUACAGCGCCGGCGCGCUGAGCUCCGUGGUGUGCCCCUUCUACUGCUCCUACUCCGGGUACCAGGACGAGCUCCUGUGGGCGGCGGCGUGGCUGCACCGCGCCUCCAACAACGCGUCCUUCAUGUCGUACGUGCGCGCCAACGGGAUGCAGCUCGGCGCCGGCGACGACGACUUCUCCUUCAGCUGGGACGACAAGCGCGCCGGCACCAAGGUGCUGCUCGCCAAGGGGUUCCUCCGGCGGCGCCUCCAGGGGCUGCAGCUCUACAAGGCCCACUCCGACAGCUACAUCUGCUCGCUGGUGCCGGGGACCAGCGGCUUCCAGGCGUCGCAGUUCACCCCCGGCGGGCUCAUCUACAAGGAGGGCGGCAGCAACAUGCAGUACGUGACGACGGCGACGUUCCUGCUGGUGGCGUACGCCCGGUACCUCCGGUCCGCCGGCGCCUGCGCGGUGUGCGGCGGCCGCGACGUGGCGCCGGCGGAGCUCGUCGCGCUGGCGCGGCGGCAGGUGGACUACAUCCUGGGGAAGAACCCGGCGGGGACGUCGUACAUGGUGGGGUUCGGCGGCCGGUACCCGCGGCGGCUGCACCACCGCGGCGCGUCGAUGCCGUCGGUGCGCGCGCACCCGGGGCGGAUCGGCUGCGACGAGGGGUUCCGGUAUCUGCACUCGGGCGCGGCGGACGCCAACGUGCUGGUGGGCGCCGUGGUGGGCGGGCCCGACGCGCGCGACGGCUUCGUCGACGACCGCGACGGCUACGGCCAGACCGAGCCGGCCACCUACAUCAACGCGCCGCUCGUCGGCGCGCUCGCCUACUUCGCCGGCACCGCCAGGUACUGACUGGUCGGUCGUGGAGGGGCGCCGUGCUGUUCACCAGGCGGGCGUCGGGUGUCGUGUCCGUAUCCUUGACUCGGUGAGUCGUGACAGUGUGGGAGCGCCAGGGCAAAAGAUUUGGUCGAGCUCCCCCGUCAGUUGUACGCGUCUUGCGUUGGUUGGUUUGAAUGUGGCUAGUGUGGUGUACUACGUGUAGUUCGCAGAUUCUGCUCGUGCUUGUGGAGUGGAUUUCGCCGUUUGGGGCUGGACUUGUGCCCGUACCUCCUA